GUCUUCUUCGUAUAUCUAUCUCACUAUCUGUGAUUGAUUGAAGAAGACAACUGAAAAUAUGGAUACUUUUCUCCUUUACUCACUUUUCUUUUCAGUCCUUUACGUGUCCCUUUCCAUCAUUUACUUCAUCACUAAGGCCAAUACCUCAAAACCCAACCUCCCGCCAGGCUCCACCGGCUGGCCGGUGAUCGGAGAAAGCAUUGACCUGAUGGUGCCGGAUAAAUACAUAUCCGACAGGAUGAAGAAGUAUUCGUCGGAGGUUUUCAAGACCUCGAUACUUGGGGAGAAAGUGGCGGUGUUCUGCGGCGCCGCCGGGAACAAGUUCUUGUUCACCAACGAGAACACCCUCCUGACUACGUGGUGGCCGCAGUCGGUGAUAAAGCCGCUGAUGUUCCCCACCCAAAACACCCUCCGAAAGAUCUCGACUCUCAACCGGAACAACAUCCACGAGAUUUUCAAACCGGAGAAUCUCAAACACUACAUCCCCACCAUAGAUUCCAUGGCCAAGGAACAUAUCGCCGAGGAGUGGGCCCCAUUCAGAGAAGUCAAGGUUUAUGCUCUCUCCAAAUGUUACACCUUCACGCUGGCGUGUAAGCUGUUCUUGAGCAUUGAGGGCCGCGACGAGGUUAAAAGGCUAUUAGACCCAAUAAUCAUCGUUAGCUCCGGCAUGUUCAGCUUGCCGCUCAACUUCCCCGGCACUGCCUACAAUCGCGCCAUGAAAGGCGGUAGCAUGGUGCGCCGUCAGCUCCUGGAGGUGAUUAAGGAGAGGAAGGCAGAGGCCAUGAUGAGUAGUUCAGGUAAGGUGGAGAACGAGGGGCGAGACGUGUUGGGUCGCCUCCUUAACCUCACCGAUGAGGAGGGACAACACUUGAACGAGUUCGAGAUUUACCAUUAUAUUAUCGGAAUUCUCCUUCCCACCUACCAUUCUAUCAGUGCCGCCAUAACCUUUGUAUUGAAGUUUCUUGCUGAACUUCCCCAUAUUUAUCAACAAGUCUACAAAGAACAAAUUGAAAUUGCCAAGUCGAAGGGACCAAAUGAGAGAUUGAGUUGGGAAGACGUUCAAAAGAUGAAAUAUUCAUGGAAUGUAGUAUGUGAAGCACUAAGGCUAUUCCCACCAGGACAAGGUGGCUUUAGAGAGACUGUCAGUGAGUUUACCUACGCUGGAUUUACUAUUCCAAAAGGAUGGAAGACGUUUUGGAAUGUGUAUUCAACACACAAGAAUCCCAAAUAUUUCACAGAACCAGAGAAGUUUGAUCCGUCAAGGUUCGAAGGAAGUGGACCGGCACCCUUUACCUUUGUGCCAUUUGGCAGCGGGCCGAGAAUGUGUCCCGGAAAAGAGUAUGCCCGACUGGAAAUACUUGUGUUCAUGCACAACGUUGUCACCAAUUUCAAAAUGGAGAAACUGAUGCCGGAUGAGAAGAUAGUAUAUAAUAAUGCAGCGCCGAGUCCGGUAAAUGGCCUUCCUGUCAGACUUACACCCCAUCAGAAAUAACUUUUUAUUGCACUGCAACAUAUAUCUAAUAUCUAAAUCUGUAAUCUAAAAUUUAAUAAGAGUCAAUGAUGUUAGUGCUUAAUUGAAAUAAAAUUGUGUUCGUGGUAUAAAUUGUAUUAAGUGUUUAUCCUGUUAUUUGUAUUUGACAAUAAUAAUGUUACCCAAAACAUAUUUGGAAAGAAGUUUGUAUUGUUUAGUUCUGA